AUGCGCGGUGCAUUCUUCUGUAGAGGGCGACGGGAGCAGCCAUCCGCAGGGCAGCGGAAUUGCUCGAAAUAUCAACAGUGAUAAUUCAACCCUUAUCGCACACAGGAGAGGAGAUCUUCAUUAAUUUCCCAUUUUUUCCCCCUGCAAAAACCAAGAUUUACCUUCUCUCUCGUCCCGGUGGAGAGUCCGCAACAUUUUUGUCCAAACUGCUUUUCGGCUUUAAGUUGUGUUGCCUGGAGCCUCCGGGGGAGUCUUGUGUCCUCGGAGCCCCGGGAGGGUUGAUUUGUCCCCCUGCGGAGUGUGCAGCCUUUCAUCAGCCCGGAGCAUCCACGGGAGGACCGCGGGAGUUGCAUUCGGAAACCAAAACGAUACAAUGAUCCCAAGGUGAGCUGAUCUACUGCUGUGAUCGUCCGUGUUCGCUGAAUCUCCUGACUGAGAAACACAAAAUGUCUACUGCGGUUAUCAGCCCACUGAUCCUCGCCCUCUUCUUCCUCCUGCCCCUGGUUUCCGGCCAGCAGGUCCCGAUUAACUGUGUGAUCAAGAGAGAGGAGGAGAAAUGCAUGGAAAUGAUGGCCUCGGAUGAUCCUGGGAACCAGGGGUGUCCGUGGAUGUGGGACAACCUGACGUGUUGGCAGGCUGCCAAGUUCGGUGAGGUGGUCGAGGUCAACUGUCCCGAACUCUUUCAGUUCACGAGUGAAGAAGACUUCGAGCUGGGGAAGGUGACUCGAAACUGCACUGAGUCCGGCUGGUCGGAUAUGUUUCCUCACUACGUUGACGCCUGUCUGUAUGAAGAAGGAAACAGCACUCAUUCGGGCAAGUACUAUGUGUCAGUGAAGGCUCUGUACACUGUGGGCUACAGCACGUCUUUGGUGUCCCUCACCACAGCCAUGGUCAUCCUGUGCAGAUUCAGGAAGCUGCACUGUACCAGGAACUUCAUCCACAUGAACCUAUUUGUGUCAUUCAUCUUGAGAGCUAUUUCUGUCUUCAUCAAAGACAGCGUGCUGUACACCAAGGAGGACAGCGAGCACUGCUUCAUACACACCCUGGAGUGUCGAGCAGUGAUGGUGUUCUUCCAUUACUGCGUCCUCUCGAACUACUUCUGGCUGUUCAUCGAGGGUCUGUACCUCUUCACGUUGCUGGUGGAAACCUUCUUCCCUGAGAAGAGAUACUUCUACUGGUACAUCAUCAUCGGCUGGGGAACCCCCACAGUGUGUGUGACCAUCUGGGCGGUGCUGAGGCUGCACUUUGAUGAUAUCGGCUGUUGGGACAUGAAUGACAACGCUGCCAUCUGGUGGGUGAUCAAGGGACCUGUGCUGGCUUCAAUUAUGAUCAACUUUGUGCUCUUCAUUGGUAUAAUAGUCAUCCUUGUCCAGAAGUUACAAUCCCCGGAUAUCGGAGGAAAUGAAUCCAGCAUUUACCUGAGGUUGGCUCGCUCCACUCUGCUGCUGAUUCCUCUGUUUGGGAUCCACUACACCGUGUUUGCCUUCUCUCCCGAGAACGUCAGCAAGAGAGAGCGUCUGGUGUUCGAGCUCGGCCUUGGAUCCUUCCAGGGCUUCGUGGUGGCUGUCCUCUACUGCUUCUUGAACGGAGAGUAUAUCCCUCAAGGUGCAAUCGGAGAUCAAGAGGAAAUGGCGCAGCUGGACGGUGAACAGGUACUUUGCUGUGGACCUGAAGCACCGGCAUCCUUCGCUGGCGAGCAGUGGGGUGAACGGGGGAACGCAACUGUCCAUCCUCAGCAAGAGCAGCUCGCAGAUCCGCAUGUCCAGCCUGCAGGCCGAGAACCCGGCCACCUGAGUGGUGCCGCCGGGGAUGCCACGUCCAACAACGCCGCCACCGCUUCCGGACCUAACGCUGCCAAACCAACAACACCCACCCUCGUCCCGAUGACCAGCCUCACCAACCCUUUCUUCAACCCAUACCCCAACCCCUACCCAGAAGAAACCAUGAUGGAAACCCAACUCAACUCCAGCGACCCAGAACAGCCUCUAGUCUGACCCCCUUUCACCCUGAAACACAACCUGAAUGUCAGACGCCAAAUAUUGAAUCUCUUUAAGUACCAACUCUGACCUUGUUCAGGUGAAGCUGGAGUGAAAAUUACACAGGGCAUGAUGAUGGAGUCCAGUGUUUAUGUAGUGUAUUGUUGGACUGAAACAUUCAGAAGAAGCGUCUGUAUAUAUUGUAUUAGUGUUAAAAGUUGUCUGGUGCUACAGUGUAAGCUGUGGAGCACAGAGGGACCAGUUUAAUACUGCAGUCAGAGAGCUCUGUGUGCCCUCUAACAUGAUCAUUCCAGUCUAUCUGAGGGAGAGAAGUUUUUACAUUUGCCCUCAAGUUUCACCCUUGUCUCAAAAUAUAUUUUAGGCUAUAACGAUACACUAUAUUCCUCUUUUAAAUACAGACAUCACAGCUGCUGUGCCAUUUGAAAUGACUUAAUUUAAGACUGGGCACCCUAAUGUAAAUACCUUAAAGGACCAGUGUGUAGGAUUUAGUGCCAUCUAGUGGUGAGGUUGCAGAUUGCAACCA